UUUUCAGAAGAAUGUCACUCGGCUUCGAUGCCGAGACGUGGCCGGUUGUCUUGGAUACAUUGACGGAAAAACUAAAGAAAAUAAAUCUCCCGCAUCAAAUUAACAACAUCAAGACAUUUGAGGGAAAGGUUUCUAAGGCCCGUGAAAACAUAACAAUCAGACAGAAGAUUGCAACCUACAUCAGUAAGUGUAGUGAGGUCCAUCAUUUUAAGAACGGAACUGCGGCCUCAAGACUUCGAGAUCAGGGAAAUGAGAAGUUUAAGCGGAAAGAUAACGCCGGCGCUUUAAAACUGUACACAGAAAGCAUAAUCUGCGCCCCUGAGUAUGGACCGGAGUUGUCCCUGGCGUACGGAAACCGGUCUGCUGCCUUGUUUCACUGUGGGGAGUACCGUGCCGCCCUGGACGAUGUACAGAUGGCGUUGAAGUGCAAAUAUCCGAAGAAUAUUGAAUACAAGAUUCUUCAACGGAAAGCUCAGUGUCUUUUACGCCUAGGUUCCUACGCGGAGGCCGUUGAGGUGUUGAAUAGCUGUCAAGCUGGUGUUGAUGCGGCCAAGUUAUCUGAUGAAAAGAAGAUUUCUGUUAUGAAAGAUGUGAACGCUAUGGUGCUCGAGCUUGAGGGCCUUCUUAACAGGACAAACUCAACUGAAAGGGACCAGACUAACGACCCAAGUCCUUUGUUCGUCAAUUCUUCACUUCCAAAUGCGUCGCCGAAGUUAGCAUUAAAGAGUUCAGAGGAGAAAAUCAAGGGAAGAUUUGUGAUAACAUCGCAAAGUAUUGAAGAAGGAGAACUACUGUUUAGUGAAGAGCCAUAUAGUAGUGUACUGCUACCAGAGCAGUACAGUACACACUGUCAUCAUUGUUACAGAAAACUUGAGGCACCUAUGCCCUGUAAGAAAUGUACACAGCCACGUUACUGCAGUAAUGCGUGUGUGGAGGAAGGAUGGCAAGAGUAUCACCAGUAUGAGUGCGGUCAACUUGAUCUUCUGCACUCCAUAGGUAUUGGUCACUUAGCUGUGCGAACUGUUCUUGUGACUGGAUUGGAGAAACUGGUUAAUAUCAAGCAAUCAAUUAAGGGAGAAAAUUUUGAAUAUUCCAACGAUGAUGAAUACAGCCGAGUUUUCAGUCUGACCCAUCAUGUUGACAAGAUGCAGGAAGAUGAAUGUUUCCAGUACACAGUGACCGCUGCCCUCCUUGCAACCUUCCUCACCAAGAAGAGCAAGUUUAUCUUCCCAACUAAAUCUCCCUCCCAGCAGACAGAAGAUGAUACAGAUGAGGACCUAGUGAAUUAUAUCGGUGGAUUGGUACUCCGGCAUCUAUGUCAACUGGUCGGAAAUGCUCAUGCAAUAACAGAGCUAAGAGAGAGUGAGAAUGGAGAUGUACAGCAGGUUCGGUUAGCUACAGCAAUAUAUCCCAGUGCCAGCAUGAUGAAUCAUAGUUGUGUAACAACAAUCAUAAACCAAUUCAAGGGACGCCGUCUUUUAGUCCGUGCAACCAGAAGCCUGCAGCCCGGUGACCAGGUAACAAACUGUUAUGGUCCGCACUAUAGAAGACAUGCAUAUCAAGAGAGACAAGACAUGUUACUCAAUCAAUAUAAAUUCAGAUGUAUGUGCGAAGCAUGCGCGGAUCUGAAGGAAAGGAAUUUCAUGAAAAAGUUUGAGGCCAGAAGAUGUAAUUUCUGUGAUGGAUCUGUGAUAGAUGAGACCUGUACUACCUGUGAUAAACAAAUGAAAACCUCUGAAGAUUAUGAUGCUGAAAUAGAUGGAAUAGUUGGUGAACUGUUGAACUGUGGGAUACAGGAUACACCAGGAGAAAGGAAUCGUAUUCAACGAUUAGAGAAGAGUGAACGCAGACUCAGCAAUAUUCUUUACAAGCAUAACUCUCAUCUUGCCAGAGUUAGAGAUAUGUUGGCUCGAGCAUAUUCUGAUGAAGGAGAGUAUAGUUUAGCAGCAGAACUCACAAGGAAAUGUUUGGGAACAGUAUCUGAAAGAUAUGGAACUAAAUCUAUAGAAGUUGGCCAUGAACUCCUCAAAUAUACAGAUCUAGUUUUCGCCCAGUUGAACAAUGGAGAACAGUUAGAUCCUAUACUUCUUAUACAAUCUCUGACCGAGGCCCGUGAUAUAUUUGCACUUAACUACGGGGAAAACUGCAAAUUUGUUGCGGAGCUGAACCAGAAACUGAGCCUGCUUAACCAACCUUAAUCUCAUCGCCGCACAUCUCCGAUUUUGGUGACAAAAAGCGUUGAUUUAUCCGAUUUGGAGAGAAAUAGAACCCAGAAUUUAGAAUUCUGGAUAAAGGUUCUUUAUUUCAGA